GCCUGCCUUCAGGUCCAUCCCAUCCACACACAUACAAAGCCGUCCAUCUAGUGAUGGAAAGCAACACGAUGUCUAUCAACAUACAUACGCAACCAUUGCAGCAAAGCAAGCGUCAUUGCUCCCCACCUCACCGCACCUCACCGCACCUCACUCGCUCACUCACGCGGCCCCAGACUUGACAGAGCCAGGUGUGGACGGCGUCACGCCCCUCAUGGCCACAUCCACAGCGCCCUCAUCAUCCACUGCCAUGCCAAACAUAAACCUGCUCGCCACAUCCGGCGUCCCCUCUCGCUCGAACGACCGCCGCACCAUCUGGUCAGCCGUCAACAAAGUCGACUUGGGAGCCGGCCUCUUCAGCUUCGCUCCCGCGGCAGCCGCAGUGCCCGCCAGAUAGAGCGUCCCGUCGCUCUUGAUGGCCAGCCGCUUGGCUAUGGCGCUGUAGCUGUUGUGAGACUCUGCAAGCGCCUUUGUGUGUGUCUUCUCGUCAAGGAUGAGCUCGAGAUGGGCGAGGGAGGGGGGCAGGGUGGGUGAGGGGGCUUCUUCCGAGUCGGCGGUGAUGGUGAGGGUGCGGCCGUCGACCAGGAACUCAAUCAGGUAGAAGCGGCCAUCCAGCUUGCGGCCCUCUUUCAGCACGCGCCUGCAACCAAACAAGCACAGAGACAUGCAGACAGACGGCAGAGACAUGACGUCAUGAAAGCGCAUGCAUCCCUAGCGGCCUGUUACCGUGGUCCCGCUUCGCCUGCCUUCUUCUUGGCCCUCUUCUGCGUCGAUGCGGCCGAGGGGCCGCCCACCAUUCCCGCCUUCAUCACACUGCUGGGCUCACUCUGUACCCACCGGUGACUCGCCAUGCCAUCCGUCUGUGCCAUCCCACCCUCAACCGUCGUGUGGUGGGGCUUCAAUGGCGGCAGCCUCACCGCCUCCCGUGGCUUGCGGGCGCCGAGCGUCACGGGGAACUCGCAUAUGUUGUUAAGGUACCUUUCCUGCUCGACGGCGGCCUGCACCCACUCCCUGUGGUUGUAGACGGGCCGCACCCUCUCGAGCCGCUUGAGCAGCCGGUGGUUCUCGUGUGUGAUGCGGCCGACCUCCUUCUUGCGAUAUUCACGGUUGAGGGAGACGGGGCCGGGCACGCUGCGGAUGGCACUGAAGGUGGGCUUGCGCAUGAUCUCCGCCAUGCGCCUGCACGCCAGGCAGAGAAAGACACGACCAUGAGAGGCCCCGACAGACAGCCAGUCACCCAUUCCCCCACGCACCUGAGUAGGAAUUUGUUUUCCCUGUCGAUUGCGGCGUAGUGCUCUUCGAGCAUUAUCUCCCGCUUGCGGUUGGACAGCAGAAAGGUGGGGCGGGUGGGCUCCUCGUUGUCGAUGUACCCCUUCAUGCCCUGGGUGCACCCCAUGCAUCCCGUUCACACUCGGACAUUCCACUGCGUAUGUACAUCCACACGAGUACAUCAUCAUACGUACCUUGAGUCGUCGUUCGUGCCUCUCCUGGUCCUCCUCCUUCCAUUUCUUGCUGCAGAUUUUGCUGGCGCACGGGAUGGAACGAAACAUGAUGGCGGGGGAGAGACAGGUAGGCCUCUUCGAGGCCGAAUACGGAGGGGAUAGAGUUACAGGAGGGGCCCGAGAAAAGAGUCUGCCAAAUUGCCCGGUGCGGUUGCCUCUGCCUGUCAGCUGCUGAAGGGCACAACUGACGACAAGCAAUGAGUGUGCUG